AUGUCGACUGACACAAAGCAGCAAAAGAGCGCCAAGUUUGGCCAUCUGCCUCUAUCCACAUCUGGGCCACAGGAAACCAGCCUGACUGGCAAUGCACUUCUACGAACACCCUACUUCAACAAGGGCUCGGCCUUCACCAAAGAAGAGCGCGAUGUCUUCAAGCUUCAUGGGCUCCUUCCCACCAACGUCCAGACCCUCGACGAGCAGGUCAAGCGCGCAUACGCCCAGUACUGCUCCCGACCGAAUGACCUCGCCAAGAACACCUUCAUGACGAGUCUGAAGGAGCAGAACGAAGUAUUAUACUACAGGCUCAUCCUCGACCACCUCAAGGAGAUGUUUUCGGUCAUCUAUACCCCCACUGAAGGCGAGGCGAUUGCCGACUAUUCCAAGAUCUUCCGGCGACCUGAAGGUUGCUUCCUCAACAUCGACGAUGCAGACCGCGUCGAGGACGAUAUCAAGCAAUGGGGAAAUCCCGACGAUAUCGAUGUGAUAGUCGUGAGCGACGGGCAACAGAUACUCGGCAUUGGCGAUCAGGGUGUAGGAGCCAUCCUCAUCAGCAUAGCGAAGCUCGUCAUCUACACUCUGUGCGCAGGUAUACAUCCUUCGCGAACACUCCCUGUGGUCCUUGACUGCGGCACCGAUAACAAAGACCUUCUCAACGACGAGCUUUAUCUUGGCAUGCGAAAAGAGCGAGUAUACGGCGAGCGAUACGAUGACUUCGUCGACAAGUUCGUAAAGGCUGCGAGAAAACACUACCCCAAAGCCUACAUCCACUUCGAGGAUUUCGGAUUGAACAACGCGCGAAGGAUUCUGGACAAAUACACACCUGAGAUCGCAUGUUUCAAUGACGACGUACAAGGCACCGGCUGCGUAACGCUUGCAGCCAUCAUGGCAGCUUUCAAAGUGAGCGGAACUAAAUGGGAAGAUGCUCGCUUUGUCAUGUUUGGCUCGGGGUCGGCAGGCACGGGAAUUGCGGACCAGAUUCAGGAUGCUAUCGUACAGAAUACCGGAAAGUCGAAGGAAGAAGCCGGGCGCCAAAUUUGGUGCGUUGAUAAGCCUGGUCUCCUUUUACAAGGCAAGAAGGAUCAGCUCACUCCAGCCCAACUUCCGUUUGCGCGAGAGGACAAGGAGUGGGAGGGCAAAGAACAUGGCGAUCUUCUGUCCGUCAUCAAGGAGGUGAAGCCACACGUUCUCAUCGGUACCUCGACCAAGCCAGGGUCGUUCUCAGAAGACGUCGUUCGAGCGAUGGCGAAGCACGUCGAGCGCCCUGUCAUAUUCCCACUAUCGAACCCAACCAAACUCCAUGAGGCCAAGCCGCAGGAUUUAUUCGACUGGACCGAUGGCAAAGCGCUGGUGGCAACCGGUUCGCCAUUUCCACCGGUCAAACACAAUGGCAAGGAAUACGAUAUCUCUGAAUGUAACAACUCGGUAACGUUCCCUGGCAUCGGCCUAGGCGCUGUCCUCUCCCGAACCCGCCUUAUGACUCCCGCUCUCCUCGUCGCAGCUGUACAAGCCCUUGCCUCGGAGGCUCCUGUUCUGAACAACCGCGGAGCCGGUCUCUUACCAGACGUCGAAGACGUGCGCGAAAUCAGUGUCCAGAUCGCGAAGAGUGUGAUCAAGAAGGCUGUGGAGGAUGAUCUGGCCCAAGAGAAGGAUAUACCAAGUGACGAUGCAGAUCUAGAGGAGUGGAUCAGAGAGCAGAUGUGGGAUGCCAAAUACCGUCCGUUGAAAUUGGUCGAACACAGCAGUGCGACUGCACAUGCGAGAGGAGAAGCAGGCACAGCGAGUGGGCAAAGAGAAGCAAAGCACUAA